UUUCUUUAUUUAUAAACCCUAAUCACCACUCUCACCACCAACUGUUCCAUUACAGCCGCCAUUGACACUCAAAUGGCUCACUUGCAGGUCACUUCAUCUUCAACAAAACCGCUAGUUCACGCCCUAAACUCAGAGUGUAAAUUAGGAGCUAAAGAAAGUGAGUUUCGUGGAGUUGCGUUUGUUCAUCGUAGCAAUAGGAAUGUUUCUCUGACGUGUAAAGCUAAUGUUCAAGAAAUUCGAGCAGUAAUGGCGAGUGAUAAAGAAACAGAUGCAUCAAAUGCUACCAAGGGAAGAGGUCUACGUGGCAAAUUGAACAAAGUUGUUCUAGCCUAUAGUGGUGGGUUAGAUACCUCCGUAAUUGUUCCUUGGCUCAGGGAGAAUUAUGGCUGUGAGGUUGUAUGCUUUACUGCAGAUGUUGGUCAAGGGAUCUCGGAAUUAGAAGGUCUGGAAGCAAAGGCUAAAGCAAGUGGAGCCUGCCAAUUGGUGGUGAAAGAUCUGACAGAAGAAUUCGUAAAGGAUUAUGUAUACCCGUGUUUGAGAGCUGGGGCAGUUUACGAAAGAAAGUACUUGUUGGGUACCUCCAUGGCCCGACCCGUUAUUGCUAAGGCAAUGGUGGAUGUGGCAAAAGAAGUUGGAGCGGAUGCUGUUGCCCAUGGAUGCACAGGAAAGGGAAACGAUCAGGUGCGGUUUGAGCUGACAUUCUUUUCUCUCAAUCCUGAUCUCCAAGUUGUGGCUCCGUGGAGGGAAUGGGAUAUAACAGGUAGGGAAGAUGCUAUUGAAUAUGCCAAAAAACACAAUGUUCCCGUCCCAGUCACAAAGAAAUCCAUCUAUAGCAGAGACAGGAACCUGUGGCAUCUUAGUCACGAGGGGGAUAUCUUGGAAGACCCUGCGAACGAGCCCAACAAGGAUAUGUACAUGAUGUCUGUUGACCCAGAAGACGCACCUGACAAACCCGAGUACCUUGAAAUCGGUAUUGUUUCUGGUAUCCCAGUUUCCAUAAACGGGAAAGAACUCUCUCCCGCAUCUCUUUUAACCGAGCUAAACGACAUUGGUGGCCGCCACGGUAUCGGCCGAAUCGACAUGGUGGAAAACCGUCUAGUCGGAAUGAAAAGCCGCGGGGUGUACGAGACCCCUGGCGGGACCAUCUUAGCCGCCGCGUGCCGUGAGCUCGAGUCACUAACUCUCGAUAGAGAAGCCAUCCAGUUCAAAGACAUCAUGGCUCUCAAGUAUGCCGAACUCGUCUAUGCGGGCCGGUGGUUCGACCCACUCCGUGAGUCCAUGGAUGCGUUCAUGGAGAAUAUCACUAAAACCACUACGGGUUCGGUGACCCUUAAGUUGUACAAGGGUUCGGUCAUUGUGGCUAGCCGGAAGAGUCCGUUUAGUCUGUAUCGGGAGGAUAUUUCGUCUUUUGAAAGCGGGCAGAUCUAUGAUCAGGCUGAUGCUGCUGGGUUUAUUAAGUUGUAUGGGUUGCCUAUGAGGGUUAGAGCCAUGCUUGAGAAGGAGCAGGGUAAAUUGUGAAAUGUUGUUGAUUAGGGUUCUUGUUCUUGAAUUGAGAAACUUUAUGGGGUUUAACCACUGAAUAAAUAUCAGAUUGCUAUGUUCCAAGUUACUAUUAAGUAUUUGAGUUAUGAAAUUAUUGUUUCUUUUUAAAA